AUGAAGUGGAUUUUAGCCGUCGCCGCUAUCGCUAUUGUGUUCGUGCCUAGCGCUGUUGCAGCACCAGGCUCAGAACCUCGCCGCGUCCGCCCUGCACGUCCCGCACCUCCUCCAGGUCCCACCACUAUCAGGACUCCUGAUUCCGUGGGAAAACCAGCAGGCCCUGGGGAUAGCAAGCCGUAUCCCGGGUAUCCUGGAUAUCCUCGCGGGAGAUAG